AUGGUGGAUGCUGUGCACACUGCUUUGAGCAAUAUAGGGUUCGGGGACAUUGAGAUUGUGAUUGCUGAGACAGGAUGGCCCUCUCGUGGGGACACCAAUGAAGUAGGAGCCACUGUUGAAAACGCCAGGGCCUACAAUGGAAACCUCAUUGCACACCUCAGAUCAAUGGUUGGCACUCCUUUCAUGCCUGGAAAAUCUGUGGACACGUUCAUUUUUGCACUCUAUGAUGAGGAUUUGAAACCUGGUCCAGCAUCUGAGAGAGCAUUUGGCCUGUACAAAGCUGAUCUUACCAUGGCAUAUGAUGUUGGCCUAGACAAGUCUAGCUCUAACCAUAAGAAUCCACCAACUAGUCCUGAAAGGGAAACACAGUGGUGCAUCCCAAAAGUGGAAGUGAGUGAGGCUCAAUUGCAGACAAAUAUUGAUUAUAUUUGUACUAGCCAAGUUAUAGAUUGUGGACCAAUUCAACCAGGAGGUGCUUGUUAUGAACCUAACACAGUAUUAUCUCAUGCUGCCUUUGCCAUGAAUCUCUACUACCAAAAGGUUGGAAGAAAUCCAUGGAACUGUGAUUUCUCUCAAACAGCAAUGCUUACAUCUCAAAAUCCAAUGGAUAUGAAUCUUCUGUUUGUAUCUGGUUGGAAUACAUGCCGCGUUGGAUGGUUCAAAAUCAACACUUCCUGCGCGCUCCGUCCAAUCCUCGACUUCCAAAGCAGACACUUUCUUCCAAAGAAAAGUAGUGUAGACAAUAAAGUUAUAUCUAUUGGUGCAAUCAUUGAUCGGAAUUCUCGCAUUGGGAAAGAACAGCAAGUAGCCAUGGAGAUUGCAGCUCGAAGUUACAAUAGCACUUCAAAGACCUUUAAGUUGGCUAUCUAUUUUCGUAACUCCACCACUGAUCCUCUCACAGCCAUCAAUCUUGCUGAAGAGAUGAUUAAUAAGCAAAAGAUGCAAGUGAUUAUAGGGAUGCACAGAUGGUCAGAAGCAGGUCUAGUUGCUGAAAUAGGAAGCCAAGCUCAAGUUCCUAUCAUAGCAUUUGCACAACCUACCAUUACCCCACCGUUGAUGGCUAAGCGAUGGCCUUUUUUGGUGAGAAUGGCUAAGAGUGGUUUAGCAUAUAUCAAAUGCAUUGCAGUUAUAGUGAAAGCUUUUGGUUGGCAGCGAGUAGUAGCUAUAUAUGAAGAUGAUGCAUAUGGAGGAGAUCAUGGUAUGCUAGCACUGCUAUCUGAGGCCCUCCACGAUAUGAGUUCAUUGAUUGAGUAUCACUUAGUUCUUCCGCCUACUUCUUCUCUACAUGAUCCAGGAGGGUUUAUACGUGAAGAGCUGUUGAAUUUGUCGCAAACCCAAUCUCGCGUGUUCAUUGUGCUGCAAUCUUCAUUAGAAAUGGCUAUUCAUUUGUUUAAAGAAGCCUCAAAAAUUGGACUCUUGGACAAAGAAUCAGCUUGGAUACUCCCAGAGAGCAUAACAGAUUUGCUGGACUCUGUCAACAAGUCUGCUAUUUCCUAUAUGGAUGGAGCUUUAGGAAUCAAGAACUACUACUCCGAAAUAAGCACUGAGUACCAAGAUUUUGAGUCUCAAUUCCGGAGAACAUUUUGGUAUCAGAAUGUUGAGGAAGAUAACCGCUACCCCGGAUUUUAUGCAUUACAAGCAUAUGAUAGCAUUAAACUUGUGACUCAGGCAGUAGACAGGAUGAACAGUAGAAACACUAGCAGCCCAAAGAAUUUAAUAGGAGAAAUAUUGUCUAGCAGUUUUUUUGGUUUAAGUGGUCAUAUUCAAUUCGAAGAUGGGAAACUCCUGCAGAAUUCUAUUUUAAGGUUAGUAAACGUGGCUGGGAAGAGUUACAAGGAGCUAUGCUUUUGGAGUCAACAAUAUGGGUUCACCACAAACCUCCCUACAGGAGAAGGUGGAUAUUAUGGUGGUGGUAAUACAAACUGUUUCAGUGGUGUUCGGUGGCCUGGGAAUCUGAAGCAGGAUCCAAAAGGCUGGAACAUGCCUACUAAACAAAAUCCAUUGAGAAUUGCAGUUCGAAGCAGAACCUCUUUUUCCAAGUUUGUCAAGGUUGAUUAUGAUCACGAUGGCAAACGUGCAACAUAUAGUGGAUUUUGUAUUGAUAUUUUUUGGAGUGUGCGUGAGCUUUUGGGGUAUGACUUGCCAUAUCGGUAUUAUCCCAUCGAUGGAACCUAUAAUGAUUUGGUUCAGCUUGUCUAUAACAAGUUUUCUAAUCUUAUUCUUAUCAUAUGUUAUGAUGCCGCCGUUGGGGACAUGACCAUACUAGAGGAAAGAAUGCAGUAUGUGGAUUUUACAGUGCCAUAUGCAGAAUCAGGAUUGACAAUGAUAGUUCCGUCAAAGUCUGAAGAGUCGGCAUGGAUAUUCACAAAGCCCUUUACCUGGGAACUGUGGAUGGUUACAGGUGCCAUUUUGAUUUACACAAUGUUAGCAGUUUGGUACCUUGAGAGAGAAUCCAAUCCUGAGUUUCAUGGUAAUUGGAAGAGCCAAAUCAGCACAGCUCUUUGGUUUACCUUCUCCUCUUUGUUCUUCGCACAUAGGGAAAAAAUGAAUAGCAACUUAACUCGCAUGGUGAUGGUCUCAUGGCUCUUGCUAGUACUGAUCCUUACCUCAUGCUACACUGCUAGCCUUUCUUCAAUGCUCACAGUUAAAAAACUAAAACCAAAUGUCACAGAUAUUCAGUGGUUGAAGAGGAACAACAUGAAAAUUGGUUGUGAUGGUGACUCAUUUGUUAGGUCGUUCCUUGAGAACGUAGAAAAGUUCAAGCCUGAGAACAUCAUUAAUGUUACUGAUGAAUACAAGUAUGAUGAUGCAUUUCAAAAUAACAGCAUAGCAGCUGCCUUUCUUGAACUUCCAUAUGAAAAAGUAUUCAUUAGUGAAGACUGCAACAGCAACCGAUACACUGGUUCCACUCCCAGAAACAGAUUUGGAGGACUGGGCUUUAUGUUCCAGAAAGGCUCGCCAUUGGCCAGAGACGUGUCAAAAGCUAUAUUAAAUCUGUCAGAAACGGCAGAGCUGAAAAGGUUGGAAGAGAAGUGGUUAUUUACCUCCAACAAGUGCUCCAACAUGACCCCUGACACCGACAAUACGGAAAGUUUGAAGCUGAGAAGUUUAUGGAUUCUAUAUGUCAUCUCUGGUGGUACUUCCACCAUUUGUGUUCUUCUAUCAACCAUUCAGUCUCUAGUAAAAUACUGUCAAAGCCAAUCCGUGGCACCAGAAGACACUGACAACCCAAGUGAUCCUAAUGCGUGGGAAAAGGUGAUUUCACAUGCAAAGCAGAUGUUCAACAAAAAGAUCAAUAAUUCAAGUGAGGCACAAGAACAGGUUGUAACUGACUGUUCUUCUAGAUUGCGUCAUGUGAGAAUGACCGAUUCUCCUGAGCUUCAGCAGGAAAUGGCUUCUCCAGUACCUGAAAAUUCAACGCUCCCUUCUCCACCACCUGAGGUACACAUUACAAAUUACAAUACAGACUUAGGAAUCGCCAAAACUUCAAAGUAG